AGUGGUGCAUUCACCACUGCAUCCUUAUAUCCCAUAAAAUGGGGGACAUUUUGAGUUUAUUUAGCUUUUAUUGCUACAGCAGAUGCUACUGAACAUGCUCCUAACUUGAGUUUAUGUUCACAUCAGAUAUGAGAGCGACACAAUGACCUAAAGUUCGGAGGCAGAAAAUAAUUUUCGGACAUGGACCAGUGGAAUAUGAGCGAUGCUCCAGUCAAGUCAUUCUCACCUUUGUCUAACUGCACCAUGGACACCAGCUACCGCUUUACUUUCUACCAAGUGUCCUACAGUGUCAUCUUCCUGCUGGGGUUGGCCACCAACAGCCUGGCUCUGCGCAGACUCUGUCUAUCACCCUUCACCAUCAACAGCACAGCCAUCUACAUGGUCAGCCUGUCAACUGCCGACUUGUUUUUUGUCAUCUCCCUUCCUCUGAGAAUCUACUACUAUUACCAUAAGGCUCAAGCCUUGUCCUCCAUCACAGGAGACCUGUCCAGCUGGACUCCCGGGGCGGCAUACUGCCAUUUUACUUUUACCCUCAAAUACAUCAGCCUGUACGGGGGCAUCUUCUUCCUGGUGUGCAUUGCUGUGGACCGUUACUUUGCUGUGGUGCACCCUCUUGCACCAUCAGUCCGCAGGCUGCGUGUUGCGCAGCUGGUAAGUGGGGGGAUCUGGUGCCUAGUGCUGGGGCUAAGUGUGAGUCUGUCUCUGCUGCGAUCUGCAGCUGCUCACCAACACCAGCCCUGUCUGUUGGACCCGACCUCUCAGCACCACCGCACCAUCAUACUGGCGGUCCUCUGCAUAGUGCUGGGCUUAUUUCUGCUUCCCACUGUGCUGCUUCUCUACAGUUACUGCAGAGUGCUGAGCGUGCUGAGCCACCCAAGACACCGCUCUCGUAGUCAGCACCACAGCCGCAAACACACUCUCACAGUCAUUUACUGGGUUCUGGCCAUCUUUCUCUUGUGCUUCCUCCCUUAUCACAUCAACCUGCUGGUAUACACACUCACUCAUUUAGGGCUGCUGUCCCAUUGUGGCCUGGCCAAAGUGACCAAGGCUGUGCACCCUGUGAUGCUGUCACUAGCCAGCUCAAACUGCUGCCUUAACCCACUCAUCUACUAUUUCUCCAGCAGCCUGGUGCACAGGGAGACGCCUGGUGGUGGGGGCAGUGGCAGUCUGUGACAUAGAUCGUUUCAAGCACUGAAAAUUACAAUUUUAAAAAAGCACAAGGGUUGUUUGAUUGAAAUGAUUUACGCAAGUUACCGGUACUUAAUCUAUUUACAUAAAGUAUUCAGUUCCUCAUACUGUGUCCACUAGUUUGUAGUAGAUGACAACACAAAAUAGGUUAUCAGCAUUUAGCAUGUAUUGCAAUAGAUUUAACAAGUUUUGUGUGUCACUCUGGAGCAGGUUCCAGAGGAUCUGGUUCAGUGCCAUACUAAAAUGUAUUGUCAG